GCGGUGCGGACUUGUUGCUCGGGCAGUGGAGGCCGCCGAGGGUUUGGGCACCGUGGAGAGUGGUGGGCAGAGGGGUCAUAGGUCCCUCGCGCAGUCCAGCCCCGGCUACUGAGACUCGCACGACAACACCAAGCCGCUUGCUUUGCACCUGCUCCGUAAUUGGCACACGACCCCCCGGGGCCCGUCACUAACAGCCUGCCUGCCCGCCACACCUGAAACCCAUUUCCCACCUGAAACCCAUCCAGCUCUCCCGCUCCGUAGCCACACCCACCCUAGCCAGGCUGCGUCCUGGGCCCCCACUAAGGAGUUUUCAUCUGGUCUCCUGUUUCCACUCUUGCUCUUCCCGGAUCCAUUAAGCGGCAGCUGCAGUGAACGUGUGUAAAUUCUUUUACUGCCUCUACUGAACCCUCCAGUGGCUCUCCAGGCGCCCACAGUAACGCCCGAGCCCUCCGCAGCCCCCUCCCUCACCUCUGCCCCUUCCUCCUCCAUAUCCAGCCACUGCUCUCCGGCUUCAGGGGCUGCGCAGGUAACUGUCCCCUCUGCCUGGUGCACGCUCUCCAGAUGUCUCUGUGGUUUGGUCCCUUACCCAGUUCUUGCCCGUGUCCUUUAUCAAGGUGGCUUUCUAAACUGCGGUAUUCAACAGCCUUCCCGGCCCCUGGCCUCCUGACCCUGCUGUCAUGUCCCGGCGCUGUCUGAAGUUCACUCUGGUUUUCAGGGUCUCUGGGGGCUCGGACCCUGCCUGUCUUGCCUGCCACCGCACCCCUGGCAGCUGGAAGAGAAGGCAGCUUCUGUGGGGGUGCAGCGGCAGGGACAAUAGGCUGAGGCUAACGUGGGUAGACGGGGAGGCCUGUCGGACCAGGACAGCGUGGCGAAGAGGAGGCUUUGAGGCCUGGCUUUGCUAUUCUGGACUUGGGCACGUGCCUGUUGGUUAGCGCUCCUUGGCCUCCUUUUUGCAUUGCUGGGCACCUGAGACAUCCAGAUCUGGAAGUGCUACGAGCCACCCCUGGCACCCGUCUCCAGCUUCCCACUUGCUUCCAUGUUCUCCUGUGCGUGGGUUUUGUCCCUAAAACCCCGUUGAACCCAAGAACCCAGGCCACCUCAGCAGAUUGAAGGGGGUGCUCAGUGGUGGCUCCAUCUGCUGCUCUGCUGGGGCUGAGACCCCCAACACAGGGCCUGCCACCUACAGAGCAGACUCCAGACUCUUGGAAAUGUUUUGAUUUAGAUGUAAGAGCCCAGAUUGUCAUGUUCAGUCCUUAGAAUGAAUUUAACCCGAAGCUAAACUAGCUCUGUGCCAGUUCCUCUAAAGCAUGCAAGGUACUCGAGUUUCCUGGGAAAUGCUGAAAAUGCUCAUGGCGCCUGUUCUAAAGUGGCUGCAAGUCAUUUGGGGGAAAGUUGGCCUAAGAGCCCUCUGCUGACAGAAGGCAGGCAAGGGCUGGCAUAGCAGGUGAGCUCAGUCUGUCCUCUGGGAGAGGGACUCUGGAAAGAGCUAGAAGACAUGCUUAAAAGAAUAAAUAAAAGCACUCCCAGAGGCGUGCAGGGUGUGGGUAACUUGCUCUCGGGACCAGGGAGGCGAAGGUGGAGGCUGAGGCUGGUCCCGGGACAGGCUGGGCCCGCUCACAGGCUCUUUCCUUGCAGGCCCUGCCAUGUUCCGCAGGCUGGGCUGGCUGGUCCUGUACAGCCUCGCUGUGCUGCUGCUCAGCUGCCUGCUCUUCCUGAAGAAGGAGGCCAAGCCAGCAGGGGUCCCCACCGCCCGCCAGCCCUUCUGGGCUCCCCCGGGGCCCCGCCGCAGCCACUGUCCACCCAACCACACUGUGGCGAAUGCCUCCCUGUCCCUGCCUAGCCGGCACCGUCUCUUCUUGACCUAUCGCCACUGCCGCAAUUUCUCCAUUUUGCUGGAACCUUCAGGCUGUGCCGAGGACGUCUUUCUGCUCCUGGCCAUCAAGUCGCAGCCUGGCCAUGUGGAGCGGCGUGCGGCCAUCCGCAGCACGUGGGGCCGGGUGGGAGACUGGGCUGGGGGCCGGCAGCUGAAGCUGGUGUUCCUCCUAGGGGUGGCAGGACCCGCACCCCCUGCCCAGCUGCUGGCCUAUGAGAGUCGCGAGUUUGACGAUAUCCUCCAGUGGGACUUCACUGAGGACUUCUUCAACCUGACGCUCAAGGAGCUGCACCUGCAGCGCUGGGCGGCGGCUGCCUGUCCCCAGGCCCACUUCAUGCUAAAGGGAGAUGACGAUGUCUUUGUCCACGUGCCCAAUGUCCUGGAGUUCCUGGACGGCUGGGACCCAGCCCAGGACCUCUUGGUGGGAGACGUCAUCCGCCAGGCUCUGCCCAACAGGAACACCAAGGUCAAGUACUUCAUCCCACCCUCCAUGUACAGGGCCCGCCAUUACCCGCCCUAUGCCGGGGGUGGCGGGUAUGUCAUGUCCAGAGCCACCGUGCAGCACCUCCGAGCAGCCGUGGAAGAGGCCGAACUCUUCCCCAUCGAUGACGUCUUUGUGGGUAUGUGCCUGAGGAAGCUGGGGGUGAGCCCCAUGCACCACGCUGGCUUCAAGACAUUUGGAAUACGGCAGCCCCUGGACCCCCUGGACCCCUGCUUGUUCAGAGGGCUCCUCCUGGUGCACCGGCUCAGCCCCCUGGAGAUGUGGACCAUGUGGGCACUGGUGACAGAUGAGGGGCUUAAGUGCGCUGCUGGCCCCUUGUCCCAGCUCUGAGGGGUGGGCUGAGUGGAUUGAGUGUAGAUUUUCCUAUCAUAGAAAUUGAGAAACUUGAAACUUGACCCAUGAUGGUCUACAGGAAAUGCUUAGUUUUUGUAACCCCCUCCCAAACUUUUCUGACUUUGAUUAAAAACACUGAAACCUG